AUGGGGGUAACACUGUUUUCUGGAAAAGGAAAACAAUUCUAUAGCAUAAGAAUUGUUGACAAAGCGACGAAUAAAAAUAUAAAAACAUAUGAACAUUCCUCAUUUGGGGUAAAAAAUAAAAAAUCCAGAGUAGAGAGAAUACACAAGGAAAAGGGAAAUUAUAAACAGAAUGAGAAAGAUAAAAUGGAGGAAAAUAUGCAAUGUCCGGCAGACGAGCAAGAGAACCGUGUAUUGAGUAUCAAAAGUGAUAUGUGCAAAGUAGGCAAAAGAAUGUCAUCUAUUUUUUACGAAAGUGAAAGAAUUAUCAAAUGUGAAAGUGGAUCAGGAGGAGAUGGUGCUGUAAGCUUUAAAAAAUUCAAAAGAAAAGUAUUGGGACCUUUGGGAAUACCAAAUGGAGGGAAAGGAGGGAAUGGUGGUAAUAUAUAUUUAUGUUAUUCUGAUAUAAAUGGGGGAAAAAAUGAAAUGAAAUGGAAAAACAGAGGAGAACAUAAAUACAUGUAUAUUAAAAACUUGGCUGAAUUACCCUGUACAAUAUCGUCAACUGUUGGUGGAAAGGGAAGGGCCAAUCAAUUGAGAGGUAAAAAUGGAAUGAGCAUUUUUAUUUAUUUGAAUAAAAUGUGUCAUGUCUAUAGACUUUUCCCACGUGCAGGAGAAAAGAUGCACGGCAGGGGAGAACACAUACAAAGCGAAGGACAGCAAACGGGAAGUGGAAAAAAAGAGAUAAGACAAAGUGAUGAAUUUUUUUGCAAUCUGAGAGAGAGUACAAAUUGCAAGAAAGGGGAACCCUUCGAUGAGAGGAAAAAUAAAUUCCAUAUGAAAGAGACCAACAAAUGGACAACGUCGCACGUGACGGAGGAUCACACCAAUUUGGUAUAUUAUAAGUCUCAUUACGAAAAUAAAGUGUAUAAUGUAAUAAAAAAAGAAGAUCCAGUUUAUAUAAAAAAAAAUAUGCAUAUAUUAAAAGAACUGAUUAAAAUAGACGAGCAAGUGGGGAGAGAAAUACACAUUGGGUUUUUAAACAAAAUUAAUAACUGUAUUUUAAUUUGCAAAGGUGGAGAGGGUGGUAAGGGAAAUAAUAUGCAAAAUACUUAUUCUUUCGAAAAGGGAAAGAAAGGGGAAGUUUCGUUCAUAAAAAUUGUUUACAAAUGUAUUAGUGACACUUGUUUUUUAGGCUAUCAAGGGUCAGGCAAAUCAACUUUGUUGUCAUUGAUAACACAUAAAAUACACACAGUAAAUAACUCAUACGUGUUAAAAAAAAUUAUCUUUACAGACAAUUUUCAGGUAUCAGUUGCGGACUUUUUUAGUGAAAAUGAUAUGGGAAUUGACACGGAUCUUGCCCAUGCAAAUGAACACCCUCUGGACAAAUUCAGUCAAAAUAAAAACUCACAUCAAAGCUCCCCCUUCCGCGUGAACUCAAACUUCAUUCAUUAUUUGGAACUCACCCACCUACUUGUUAUCGUUCUCGAUAUGAUGGGAGAUCCGACAUUUCAGUUUUGCAGUAUCAGGGAAGAACUACGACAAAAGGAUGAAAACAUAUACCACAAGCCAUACAUCGUGGUUAUAAACAAAUGUGACGUAAAUUUCGAGGAAAAUAUGAAAAGAGCUGAAGAAGCAUACAGGGCCAUAAAAACCUACGGGGGAAACGAAGUGCCAAUCUUCUUUAUCAGUGCAAAGUACGCAAUGGGAAUUGAUAAAUUCGUUUCUUGCUUGAAAAGUUUUGUGCAAAAAUUAAAGUAUGAAAAGUGUUAA